AUGGGCACCGCUUCCAUUCAAUAUCGCACAUAUGCUGACAGCAACAGGGUCUUCUUCAUUCCGUCAAACCCCAACGCCUCCACAGCCUUCGCUACAAUUACAGAGCGUCUUCAUUCAUCAUUAGCCGAUGAGCCCAUUCCUGUGGGCCGCUGGGCCCUAGAGCACAAGCUGAUGAGGGACACCCCAUCUUGUCUACCUACGUCAGCGUCCCAGCGUCCCGCACAACCGAGGUACAUGCAGUUCCUCUCACUAACCUACUUUCCAAACCAUGGGUUCAUCUACACGUCUCCGCCCCCAGGGAAGGUGUCUCAUGCCCAUCAUGGUGCCGGUAGUCCCGGUACAGUAGCUCCAGGGGCGUCGAGUCCCGCCUCUCCAACCCCAGUUCCACAACAGACCGCAACGCCUACACAGGCUCCGGCACCGAACAGUCAGGAUCAUUCGUCAAUGGUCAUGACAACUGUUCCAUUGCCAGCGUGCAGUACACUCUUUCAACACUUCGUUUACGCCUGCCAACCGUUCUGGUGCCAUCGACACACCGUUACGGUUCCUGGCGGUGUUGUCUAUGAUGUUGGUGAUUUUCGGGUCCGAAUUGGUGAUGUACGACAGACUCAGCCGGCUGCAAGGGUUAGGGGUACGAUUGUUGAGAUAGAAUGGAAGGGCCCGUCAUUAGUGACGUCCAUAGCGUCGCUGUUUAGUCAGUCCAAGAAGGCGUUCGGCGGCCCUAGAACUAGCGAUUUACCAGAUGAUGACGGUGACUCUGGAAUCGACAUGGCAUUCCCUGAGGGUCUUGAGGAGGCAGAUAUUGAUGGCGAAAUUUAG